CGGUUUUAAGUUUAGUUUCUUGAUACAAAUUUUAUUUUUCAGAUAUGUCGCAAAGAUCCAUGUGAGUUCUGCUUAUGUUUGGAUGGCGAAAUGUUCUGUUGGUGGCAAGAUUGUCCCCCAACUAUGGAAGGACCAUGUCGUGAUCGAGGACCAUUUUCUCCUUGUUUGAGCAUUCCAGCUAAUCCUUUGUCAUUUGGAUCCUCGUCAUUAUUAGCAUCAUCUUUAUUAUCGUCAUCGUCGUCGCAUUCAUCAUCAUCUUCAGCAACUUCAGAAAUAACUACAAAAUUGAAUAUAAUCAAUUUAUCAAGUACUGCAAAACCAUUGUCUGCCACAAAAUCAUCAAAUUCCGUUUCUGACAAAUUAGUAGAGACUUCGACAGGUACAGAAAACAUUCCAAUAGAGACUUCCAGUCGAGUUUCAGAAAAUAGCACUUCCAAUGGUAACAAAUGUUGCAUAGUUAUGGGGAGAGAGUACCAAAUUGGAGAUAAGUUACCCCACGAUACAGGCAAUUGCUUAGAAUGUAUUUGUGGCCAAGGAGCCAAAGUCACAUGUUCUCCACAUCAAUGUGCACCAGUAGAGGAUGAUAUGAACGACUAUCACUUGUCCGGUGCCAGGCAGCAAGUAGUCCCCGAUAUAUUUUAAGUUUUACAAUGUAAAGACUAGAUAAUAUUUUUUAUUUAUUUUUAUUAUUAAUUUAUUUAAUAUUCAGGAUUGGUAAAAAACAGAUUUGUGUACAUUUAUUAAAUAUUAUUAAAUAGAGUUUUAGAGCAGUUGUCAAAAUUAAUAAAAAUAUGCAUUGUUAAUAUUAAUUGGGAGUUCUGUAUAAUAUAAGUAGAUAUAAAGCGUUAGGAAAUAGUACUACUGGUAAAAACAAGGUUACAUUUUAGAUAUAUUUUUUUGGUGGUAGUUUCAAAAUCCAACUUCUCCAAUGACCUAAUUUACUUCAAAUCAAUUCAUAAUGCCAAAUCAUGCAUUUAUGCUGUCAAAAGUUGAAAAGUAUAAUAUUCUGUUAUGCUGAAAUUAAUUUUUAAAUCACUGACAUUUAUGUAGAAUUCAUAUGGCCGAUUGACAAUUAUCUAAUAUUAAAAUAUGCAUUUACGGACAAAGCGCAUUAUUUGGCAUCGAAAAUGUAAUUGAUUAUAGUCGUAUGUGAUAAAUGAUAUAAAAUUCUGAACUAUAUUAUGAAAACGUUUGCCUAUAAUAUUUGUAAAAAAAAUUCUUCAUAAAAAGUUGUGCAUGGCCUAAAAACUAAAAUAGAACCGUCUGAUAUGAAAUUUUAUUAUUCGUAUACGAGGUUAUAAAAAAAAUUGAUUUUCUAUUUUGUUCUAGAGUAGAUUACUUUUAUUUUAGACAAACUUCGUAACCGACUAAUAAAUUUGAUAUCAGAUGGUUGAAUUUUUUUAGGUGGUAGAUUUUUAAGUUUUAGUUUUAAGACCAUGCACAAUUUUUU